AUGGAAACCUAUGAUGAGUCUGUUGAUGCUGAUUCCAUUCAUUCAUCUGAACGUGAUUCAUGGGACGAUGAGUUGGACGAUGAUGGGAGUUAUUCGGUAUCUAGUGCGGAUAAAAGUUCAACGGAUGGCAACAAUGAUGUAGAUGAAGUUGGAGGUGAUAUUAAGGUAAGGUUUGAUACCAUAACUGCUGAAGAAAUUCGUUGUAUGGAAUUUGCUACUGUGAGUGAAGCUUAUGACUUUUAUUACCGUUAUGGUAAAUAUAAUGGUUUUGCUGUUAGGAAAAGUGAUAGUAGGGUAACAGGGAGUGGAGAUAAUAAAGUAAUAAAAAUGAAGCAGUUUGUAUGCAACAAACACGGUGUAAGAGAGAAGAGACACUUAGUUAGGACAGAUAGGAAAUUAGAACAUAGACGUUUGACUCGUACUCAGUGUGGAGCUAGGCUUCGUGUGAAUUACAAAGCUGAAAAGGAUAGAUAUGUUGUUACAGCUUUUGAAGAGACUCAUAACCAUGAAUUAACCCCAGCUAGGUUUGUGCACUUACACCCCGUAUAUCGUAAAAUUUUUGAGACAGAUAAGGCUCAGGUGGAUGGUCUUCAGAAACGUGGUAUUAGAACAUGCCAUAUAAUGGGGUACAUGGUUGCACAAAAAGGUGGAUAUGCAGAUGGUGAUGUUGCCGCAUCUUUAAACUAUCUAAAUAUGAAGUCGUCUACUGAUCCCAUGCUUUAUGCUGAGUAUGCAGUAGACAAUAUUAAUGGAAGAAUGAAUACUCUUUUUUGGGCUGAUGGGAUUAGUAGGACCGACUAUUUUUGUUUUGGUGAUGUGCUUGCAUUUGACACGACUUACAGCAAGAACAAAUACAACUAUCCGUUGGUUAUAUUUUCAGGGUGUAACCAUCACUCUCAAACAGUAAUUUUUGGUGCUGCAUUGGUGUCAAAUGAAACGACAGAGACAUAUAAGUGGGUGUUGAGGUGUUUCCUAGAAUGCAUGGAAGGUAAACAACCAAAAGCGGUGGUAACAGAUGGAGAUGGGGCAAUGAGGGAGGCCAUAAAACAGAUAUUUCCCGAUGCUAACCAUAGGUUAUGCGCUUGGCAUUUGAAUAAGAAUGCAGGUGAGAAUGUGAAGAACGGGAAUAAUUUUUUGGACGGUUUUUCAAAGGCCAUGUACUCAAAUUUUACUAUAGAUGAAUUUGAAGAGUAUUGGUCACAUAUGAUUAAAGAAAAUGGAGUGCAAGGACAUCCAUGGGUAGUCAAAACGUACGAGAAUAGGUCAUUGUGGGCAACUGCAUAUCUACGUGAUAACUUUUUCGGAUGGAUAAGAACUACGUCGCAAUGUGAAGCUGUUAAUGCAAUUAUUAAGAGUUAUGUAAGGAAGAAAGGAUGCAUUUUUGAAUUUAUGAACAACUUUGAUCAGGCUCUGAGAGAUUACAGAAAUAACGAAUUGGUUGCUGAUUUUAAAUCAUCGUCUACAGAUCCUGUAUUGUCGACGCAGCUGCCUGUGAUUGAGAGUCAUGCCUGUAAAAUAUAUACAGCGGCGGUUUUCAAAGAAGUUAGACAUGAAAUUUUGAAGGCCGGUGAAUUGAUAGUUAGGGAUAAAAGUGAAGUGGGGGGGGAAGAACACGUUGAUCGUAUUCCAGACAAUUUGGUUUUGUCGCGAUGGACCAAGGAUGCAAAAAUUCAGUAUUUGAACAUCAGCAAUUGUAAUGAUAAUGUUGAUUCGAAUACGAUUGCGGAAGCUCGUUUUGGUUCAUAUUGUACGGUUUUAACAGAUUUUUGCAGAGAAGCUUCAAAAAAGGAUGGUGUUUACGCGCAAAUAAUGGAAGACCUUAUGCAGCUGAAAAUAAAGUACUGCAGUAAUGAUGAUGCAGCAGUUGGUACACAAAAGUCAGCAGUAGGUGAUCCAGUUAUGGUUAAGAGUAAAGGUGCGCCGAAGAAAAAAAAAAUGACACAAAAGCUGUCAGGCGCCGUUCAAAAUGCAAAAAUACAACUCCUAAUGCUAGGAGAUAUUCGGUAA